UUGUUGACUGUGUCGCGUCCUGUGUGUGGAUGACGCACUGAGGCUCAGCGCGAAGAUGGCUCCCUUCCCGGACGAGGUGGAUGUUUUCACUGGCCCCCACUGGCGAAUGAAGCAGCUGGUGGGCUCAUACUGCGAAAAGCUGUCAAAGACCAACUUUUCCAACAACAAUGAUUUCCGCUCAUUUCUCCAGUCCCUCUGCGCCACCUUCAAGGAGUUCAAGAUGCAUGAACAAAUCGAGAAUGAGUACAUUAUCAGCCUGUUGCAACAACGCUGCUGCACUGUGUACAAUGUGCACUCUGACAACAAACUCUCAGAGAUGUUGACCCUCUUUGAAAAGGGACUACACAGUGUUAAGAGUGAAUAUGAGCAGCUUAACUAUGUCCAGCAGCUGAAGGAGAGACUAGAAGCUUUCACACAGGACUUUCUGCCCCACAUGAAGGAAGAAGAAGAGGUGUUUCAGCCUAUGCUUAUGGAGCACUUUACCUACGAGGAGCUCAAGGACAUCAAGAAGCAGGUUAUAGCACAACACUGCAGCCAACAUCAAUGGGACUGUGCCGCUGAGGUACUGAAGGGCUUCACUUUGUGGAGCCAGGCGGAGGAGCUGCAAAAGGCCUUUAAAUAUGCGGAUCAUGAGAAGACAGAUUACGAACUGGAUAAGAAAAAGGAUUCUUCAACCCACAUAUCCCAGCUCCCUACAGAAAUUAUGCUGAGGCUGUUCUAUUAUCUGGGUCCUCAAGAUCUGUGUCGCUGUAGUCAAGUGUGCAGCUCCUGGUCAGAGCUUGCUAAGACCGGCUCUCUGUGGAGGCACCUCUAUCCUGUGCGCUGGGCCAGAGGUGAUAAUUACUGUGGUCCACCAGGGGAUCUGUACCAGGAGCCAGAUGACGAGUGGGUGAAGAGUCUGCAGAAUGAGGGUCGGGCCUAUCAGGAAUGGGAUGAGGAUGCUGAUGUUGAUGAGUCUGAUGUGUCGGACCACUCAGGAGGCUCUCUGGCAAUUGACAAUGCUCUGCGGGAGAAGAAGCUUCUGAAUGGGAUUAUCCAGAAUCUACUGCCAGCUGUGGGCCCAUCUGUCAAGUCUAUUGUUCUGGCAUACAGUUCUACAGUCUCGAGUAAAAUGGUCCGUCAAAUCCUCAGUCUUUGCCCAAAUAUUAUUCAUCUGGAUCUGACUCAGACUGAUGUUACAGAUUUUGCAUUUGACAGCUGGUCAUCUGUUGGAGCUUGUCUCUCUCUGGAGCACCUGGAUUUGUCUGGAUGUGAGAAGAUCACAGAUCACACCCUGAAGAAAUUGUCUUUUGGGCUUGGUGACCUCACGUCUUCAACCUGCUUUGACAAGCGUGUAGACCGACGAGCUAAGCUCCUGAAAAGCUCCACAGUACCCAUCACACUCAUGGACGAGAGAGACCUUCAUCCAGUGGGACGGAAGCGACAGGCCAUCAUUUUCAAGCAAGGGACUGGUCGUUGGGGGACUGCCCGCAGGCCCGCACAAGUUUGGGUGCUGGAAUCCUCAGACCUUGCUGACAUCGAAGACGCUGCAGAAUGGAGCGGUCGUGGUGGAAUGUCUCUUCCUGAUGCAGAAAACUUCGUUGAGACGCAGCUUUUGGGAACCUCGUGUUCCUGCAGGAAGAGCAGGGGGCGCGGGCACAGGACAAAUGCCUCCUAUUUACAUCAGCAAUAUUCCAUGACUGGGGAAAUGUUCUGUGGUCACUCCACCUGCUGCACUAGCGACAUGGCCCUCAGGACUUUUAUUGGGCCCCAGUGCGAGUCAGGGACCACCAGAAACAUCACUGCAGAAUUUCGGACUAAGUGCUCCUCAUUUGAGGGCCUGCAGUGUCUGGAGCCUGAAAACAGGACUGACCAAUCAGAGACUAAACGCUCACUGAGAUUCCUCAGUCUCUCUGGAUGUUACCAAGUCACAGAUUUGGGCUUGAGGGCUCUGUCUCAGCGGGGAGGGCUUCCUGUUCUGGAGCAUCUCAACUUGUCCGGCUGCCUCUUCAUCACUGAGGUGGGGCUGCAGGAGCUGGUGUCCGCCUGUCCUUCCCUCAAUGAUGAACACUUCUAUUACUGCGACAACAUUAACGGUCCCCACGCAGAUACGGCCAGCGGCUGCCAGAACCUCCAGUGCGGCUUCAGAGCCUGCUGUCGCUCUGGAGAGUGAUCCUGCCUGGCUAUGCUCUCCUCAAAUGUCUACGUCUCCUUUUUAUUGCACUUUAUCCUGGGAAAACCAUUUGCUGUAUUUUGUGUCACUUAAAAAAUGUUUUGGAUGAAACUGUAAUUUUGCUCCUGUUUUUUUCCAUUUCCAUCUAUAUUAAAUGGAAACAAUCUUUUGGAAAAGGAAACUUAUGAUAAAGGAAUUUAGGCAUCUGCAAAUGUACAUCCUGUUUCCUUUUUUGGUUUUGAAAAGUAAAAAGUAUAGAAACAAACACCAAGUACCAAGUGUUUGCUGUAUUUAAAGUAUUUCCACAAAAUGA